ACAUAUAUAUCUCAAUCUAAACCACAGGUAAUUUUCAUUCCUUUAAAUUCUAAAUAUAUCCUAAGAUAAAAAAAAAAAAUGUUGGUCAUGUUGGUACCCCUAACUUCCUUUCGGGUAGUAAAAAACGAAAUAAAUCGAAUGCUAAAAUUACAAAAAAAAAAGGCAAGGUAAAAAAAAAUCCCUCAUUUUAAAACAAAGCUAAACAUUAUGAAAAUGACACUUAUUACUCAUACACUAUUUAGUAAAUAUAAACCAAAAAAGGAAAACAAAAAAGGUAAACAAAAGCGCAGACUCGAACGCCCGCCAUUGUUGUCUCGUAAAAUGGCGUCCGUGAAAACCUAUCAGCCAGUUAUCUCGAUUUUAUAGCAAACAAGGAGCAGAUAAACCAGCACAAUGUCCUCAGACGGGAAGGUGCUGGAGGAGGGGCGGGAGGAGCCCUCCCACGAGACCCCCCAGGCCAUCACCAUCACCAUCAUGGAUCCCUCGGCCCUGGAGACGACCACUCUCGACCCAACCUUAGUCACCUCUAUGCAAGCCCAGGACACUGACCAGGGCAUGAGCACAUUGUUGGUGAUGCCAAGAGAAGGCCAUAGAACAAAGGACAUUUUACAGACUGUGACUGAAACACACAUGGGAACACAAGAACUACCUGUGAUAUCUAGUAUUUCUAAUACUGAGGAAGAAAGUCAACAAAGUACAAUACAGGUGAUGUCUAAAUCACAAGAUGAUGUGGAGGGGGAAGGGAUGUUGGCCGGUGUCGGAGAGGCUGUGGACGAGGAAGAGGGCGAUGAAGGGGAUGACUUGGGUGACCCGCUCAGUCAGCAUUGCUUGAUUUGUAAUUUAGAGAUGGCAACGACUGAAUCAGAAAAACCCAUACCAGUGUUUAAGUCACAGACAUCAACCACACACCGGAAAAUGGCAGUGUUUCUUGGCACGCUUGUAGGACAAAAACUGACUUCAAGGAAGGCUCAUAGUGACAUUAUAUGUCGAAGAUGUUUCAACCUUCUGGACAAAGUAGAUGCUCUGGAGGUAGAAAUCAGAGACACCAAGGAGGAGAUCAUCACAAAAUUCCAAGAGACAGUAACAGCCUAUGGUGGCCGGGCGAGGAGAAGAAAACCAGCAACAGCCAAGAAGUCGGACUAUGUGUUUCCAAAGGUUGAGCCGGAAGAAGAUAUUCUGGGUUUGGAAAUGGACGAGAAUUUUGAGCCACGCAUGGAAGACCUUUUGGAGGAGGAGCAGGAUCACCGGGAGGACCGCACCGUCCAAGAUGAAGAGUGGGAGCCCGAGUUCAAGAGGCCGAAGAUCAAGAGGGAGCCUGUUGAGCCUGAUCCAAAUGGACCUCCCAAAAGAAAACGAGGAAGACCCAGGAAAGAUGCUUCCAAACCAAAGGCGCCGAGAGAGGCGGAGGCCGCGCUCACGCCCCCAGAUCUGGAGACGAGCCACCUCGAUCGCGCGGACGCAGGGGCGGGCGAGCACUCGAACCCCGUCCGCCGCUCGGGGAGGCAGCGACAACCUUCCGCCCGGCACCCCCGCCCACAUGCCGCGCCCGCGCCCACCCUCGUCAGGGCAGCGCCGCCUUCCCCUGCCAGCAACAUCCCCCCCGAAGAGCUGGCAGCGAAGCUCAAUUUCGAGGAACUCGUGUGCAGCUGCGGCGAGACCCUGGCGUCGCGGACGGACUACGUGGACCACGUCCUGACGCACGUGGCGGGGGCCUUCCGCUGCCCUCAGUGCCCGUGCGUGUACACGUGCUCGUCCCGCCUGGCGCGUCACCAGCGCCUUCUGCACUCCCGAGGGGACACGCCCAACGACGCCCUCCCGCACGGCUCUCCGGUCGCUGCUCCGGGCGACGGCGUCGACGAGCGGUGCCACCUGUGCGCGGACGCGGUGGGCGGCGGCGACGGGGACCUGCGCAGCCACAUGCGGGUGCACCUUUGCGGCGAGCACGAGUGCCCCGUGUGCGCGCUCCGGCUCGACACGUCUUACGCCAUGGAGAUGCACGUGCAGCGGAAGCACCCGAGCCUCCUGCACGCCUUCCUCAAGAGCGAGGACUCUCUGAAGGACGAGAGUUCGAAGGGCGAGGAUUCGGGCGGCCUCCCCGUGCGGUGCGACGUGUGCGGCAAGGUCGUGGCCACGCCCUCGCGCCUCGCCCGACACAGGUACCUGCAGCAUCCAGAGCACUACCCGUGGCCGUGCGCCGCGUGCACGCUGGCCUUCCCGUCGCUGCACGCCCGCGACCACCACAUGUGCCCGCACCGACGGAAGGGCGGCAAGGCGGCGCCCAGUGACGGCAAGAAGAACGAGUGCCUGGUGUGCAACACAGCGUUCAAGUCGCGGUUCAGCCUGGAGUGCCACAUGCGGCGCGCGCACCCGACCGAGGCGGUGGGCCCUCACGCGUGCCCCGUGUGCGGCCGCAGUCUCAGCUCCCGCAAGGCGCUGACGGACCACCUGCGCUGCCACCGCCGCGAGGGCUUCGCCUGCGAGUUCUGCGGCGCCAGGCUCAAGACCCUCGACUCCCUGAACGUGCACAUCAACGAGAUUCACACGCACGUGGUCCGCCUGCAGUGCCGCCUGUGCUCGCAGGUGUUCUUCUCGUCGGGGCGCCUGUCGUACCACAUGAAGCGCCACCACACCGACCGCCGCUCCUACACCAACCUGUGCCACCUGUGCGGCAAGGCGUACCCAUACCCGAGCGAGCUGCGGCUGCACCUGCGCGCGCACCGCAACGAGCGCCCCUACAGGUGCGACCAGUGCCAGAAGACGUUCCUCAAGCAAGGCGACCUCACCUACCACAGGCGCUCGCACACGGGCGAGCGCCCCCACAAGUGCCCGCACUGCGACGCACGCUUCCCCAGGCCCAACACCCUCAUGAGCCACAUCCGCCAGCAGCACCGCGACACCACCGCUAGCGCCGCGCCGACUGCUACCGCUACCACUGCUGUCAACACGGCCAUCACCGUCAACGCGGCCGCCACAGACGCCGCUCCCUCCGCCGUCGCGACGGAGGCUGCCGUCACCACCGCCGCCGUGGGGCCCUACGUGAGCAACCCGCCCUCCACCGUGGCGCCGCCGCCGGUCUCGGCCUACCUGCCCGCGGGAGUGCCGUCGUCGGCGCCGACCGCCGUGUCCCUGCAGCACCACCGUGCCCCGGCCGCGGUGACGGUGAUGGGGGUCGCGGGCGGCGUGGGGCGCGAGGGCGGCGAGGCGACCCUGGUGCCCGUGGUGGAGGGGCAGCUGGUGGAGGCCGUGGUGGAGGGCCAGAUGACGGAGAUGCAGCCCGUGCAGUACGUGCAGGUGGACGGGCUGUCGGCGGGACAAACCGUGCAGGCCGUGCAGGCCGUGCAGGCCGUGCAGGCCGUGCCGCACAUGGUGGAGGGCAUGGAGUACGACGAGGCGGGCAGCGUGCCCUACCAGAUCGUGCAUCUGCAGAUCCUGCAAUAGGCGGCCGGGCCGUGCGCUGUGCUCUCUGGGGGAAUGAAGGACGACGCUUCAGCAUCUAAAAGACUUAUGCUGCCGAAGUAUUUGCUGUGAAAUCUGCCCAUGCUCGUCCUCGGUCAGGGAGCAGCGGCAGAAUUGCCAAACAGAAGUCUAUUGACGUUAUCGAAUGAUAUCAGUAUCAUUAUUGCCAUAGUGGCAUUAUUAUUGUUUUCAAUACUCUUGUAAUAUUGUAAUAUCCAUUGUAACAUCAUUAUUGUUAUUGAGAAUGUUGUUAACAUACUCCAAGUCAUAGUGAUAAUGACAUUAAUACUUUUUUAUAAUAAUUGAUUAUUAUUGUGACAACGUUGUUAUCGUGGCCGUUGCUCUGUCGUAACUGCCAUUAACAUCCUCAUCAGCAUCACCAUAGGGUAACAAGGCCAUUCAAUUCUUUGCGAACAUAAUCGUUAUUUCGUCCACAAUAUUGUCACCAUCGGCGCUAUCAUAAGCAUCAUCUUUGUCCAGUUGUCACUGCCAUUAUUAUAGUCUCAUCUUCAUCGCAAUCAUCAUCAUCAUCAUCAUCAUCAUCAUCAUCAUCAUCAUCAUCAUCAUCAUCAUCAUCAUCAUCAUCAUCAUCAUCAUCAUCAUUAUCAUUAUUAUUAUUAUCGUUAUUAAUAUUUCUACUACUACUAUCACCACCACCACUACAACUAUUAUUUUUACUAUUGUUCCUCUUAUUAUUAUUAUUAUUAUUGCUAUUGUUGUUGUUAUUAAUAGUAUUGUUAUUAUUGUUGCAGUUGAUGUUUUCAUUAUGAUAAUGAUUAUAAUAAUAGCAGUGGUGAUGAUCACCAUCAUCAAUCAUCAUCACCAUCACCAUCGCCAUCAUCAUCAUCAACCAUCACCGUCAUCACCAUUAUCAUCAUUACCAAUCAUCAAUCAUCGUCAAUUUACUUUAUUUAAUUCAUUAGCAUUUUGGCAUACUCGUCAUCUCAGUAGCAUAGCCAAUGCAAGAGCUUCAAACGGUGCUACGUAAAUAAAGUAAGUUGGUGCUGAGACGAAAAUGAAUGUAAACAGCAUGCAGGCGAGACUUACUUAUGACUAAGGGAACCGCGGAGAGUUAAUUCGCGUGUGUUAUAUGGAGAAAUAAAGAGGUUGUGUAAAUAAGUGA